UUUCUCUCUUCUUCUUCUUCUUCUUCUUCUUCACUUCUCUACACUCUGCCAUACUACAGUUAAACCAAAGCCAAAUUUUUUCACAAAAUGCCUCGUCAACGAUCCGUCGGCCGCGCUCCCUCGCGCCCAACUGCUUCCGCCCCCGCGCCCCAGCAGCACCGCCCUGCCACCACCAUGGCCGCUCCUCCUCAGCAGCACGCUCCCACGACCAUGAUGCCUCCCCAGCAGGCGUCGCAGGGCCCCGGCCUGUUUGGCCAGAUGGCCAGCACUGCUGCCGGUGUCGCCAUCGGCUCCUCCGUCGGCCACGCAAUCGGCGGCCUCUUCAGCGGCGGCUCCUCCGAACCCGCCGCUCCCGUGCAGGCCCAGGCCGCGCCCCAGCAAAACCAGCAGCAGUACAACAACUGCGCCGGCGCCGCCCAGAACUUCACAAAGUGCCUCGACGAGAACGGCGGCAACAUGCAGAUCUGCAACUGGUACCUCGAGCAGCUCAAGGCCUGCCAGGCUGCGGCUAGCCAGUACUAGAGAGGGAGCCGGGGGAUGCAGGACAAGCAUCAAACGACGC